AUGAAUGAAGAAAAAGAUAUAAAGUUUAGAAGAAAUUAUAAGGCAUGCUUGAACUGUCGAACAAGGAAAGUCCGAUGUGAUUUGGGACCUGUUGAAUCGCCUCAUGAUCCACCUUGUGCUAGAUGUCGUCGUGAACGGAAAGAAUGUGUAUUUGCAGAGUCAAGAAGAGGUGGUCAACCAAAAACUGGUGUUAAAAGAAGACAAACAGAGUCUGUAUCGGCUACUCCAGAUCCUGUAUCAGCUGCUCAGACUAGAAAUAAUUCUGUUGGUGAAACUGUUAAACCUUCUUUACAAAGUCUGACUCAAGCUGCUCAGUUUUAUCAACAACAAGAAAAACUACAAAAUGUUCAACAACAACAACAAACUUCAAGUCAAUAUCAUAGUCAAUUACAAAGCAGACAAAACUCAUCACAAUCUGUGUCACAAAGAUCUCCAGAAGAAAAUCAAAUUCCACCUCCUCCAACAAGACCUUCAGAUUUAACAUCUAUUCAAGGUGCUUUAGUAUUUUUAGCAAAAGCCGCUGGUACAAUAGCAAAAGCUGAUGAUCGUGAUAAUAUAAAUGCAAGAGAAAUCCAUGAAAAAUUUGAUGAUCAAGACUCUUCAAAUUCAUCAAUUACAAAUUCAAGAGCAAAUUCAGCCGUUGUUAAUAAUAAUAAUAACAAUACACAAAGUAAUGGACAAGAUGAUGAUCAAUAUGAAAACUCAGUUAUAGCGCCAUUGAUUAGACCUCAUGGUAAGAAACCAACUUCAAUGCCACCAAUAUCUAAAACUGCUAAUGUUCAUCCAAAUCCAUCAAAAAGACUUACUGAUAUCGAAUAUAUUGGACCAAAUAAAAUGUUAUCAGAAUUUGAAGCUGAAAGAUUAAUCAAAUUAUUCUUCUUAACAAUGCAUCCAUUUUUCCCACAUAUUCCAACUCAAUUACAUGAUCCUCAAACUUUACCACAAUAUCCAAUUUUAUUAUGUGCUAUAUUAACAAUAAGUUCAAGAUAUCAUCCUUUAGAGCCAAUUAAUUCUGCUCAAGUUAAUAAAAAUUCUAAAAAUGUUCAAUUACAUGAAAGAUUAUGGAUUUAUUGUCAAAGAUUAAUUUCUCAGACUGUUUGGGCUGAAGCUUCAACAAGAUCUAUUGGUACAGUUUUAGCAUUCUUAUUAUUUACAGAAUGGAAUCCAAGAGCUAUUCAUUGGAGAUGGUCAGAUUAUGCAAAUAAUAAAGAUGAUAUGGGUCCUGAAGGUCCUGAGCUUCAUAACAAUGAAAAUUCCAAUGAUGAUGGUGAAGGAUUAGCAGGUCUUGGUGCAAUGAGAAGAAGUGAUAGAAUGGCAUGGAUGCUUGUGGGGACAAGUGUUCGUCUGGCUCAAGAUAUGGGGUUCAUUAAUAGUUCAAGUAAAAUUUUCAUUGCAACUCAUAUUGCAGAAACUCAUACAGCUAUGAAUAUUGGUCAAAGAAGUAUGUUGGCUCAAAGUCUUGGUGAAAUUGAUUUAGAUAAUGAAGAUGAUGAUGAAGUUGUUGAUAGUAAAAAACAAUUUCAAAAUGAUGAAUUAAUUUUAAGUCUCGAUGAAGAUUAUUUAUUAAGAAAUAAUAGUCAAAUAAAGAAAAAUACUUUAAAAUUUUCCAUGAUGCAAAAGGCUAAAUUAGAAUUAUUAAAAAUCAUGAGUUUAGCUUAUGAAACUCUUUAUUGUGGGAAAUAUCAAUUAAAUGGUAAUAAUCAAAUUCAAAAUUUAACUGCAUUAAGUAUUUUAUCACCAUUAAUUGAAAAUUGGUACAAAAGUUAUAAAAAAUUAUUAAAACCUUCAAAUCCAAAAAAUUUCAAUCAACAUUGUAAUGUAAUGCAAGCUGAUAAUAUUAAACAUGUUAAUGAUGUCACAAAACAAGUUGAUAAAGAAUCAUUGAUUUGUGAUUAUUACUAUACUCAAUUAUAUAUUUAUUCAUUAGCAUUAACAAUGGAAAAUACUCAAAUUAAUCAAGAAUCUGGUAAAAAACAAUCAAAUAAUUUUAGAUUAGAUGAAAUUUCAAAAGCUGCAAAAUAUGUUGAAUUAGCUUAUAAUGCUGCAAAGGAAACUUUAACUGCUGCAAUUAGAGUCCAUAAAUUGAAAAUGUUAAGAUAUAUGCCAGUUAGAUGGGUAACAAGGAUUGUUAGAUCAGUUGCAUUUAUUGUUAAAUGUUUUUUAACAUUAACAAAUAAUAACAAUAAUAAUAAUUCAAAUCAACUUUCAAAUAAUAAUGGUUCAGUAUUAAAUCCACAAGCAUCAACGAUUUUAACAUUAUCAAUUAUUCCAACUGAAGAAAUUAUUCAAACAAUUCAAAAAGCUGCAAUUGUACUAAGAGAAGCAUCACCAGAUGAAUUACACCUUUGUACUCGUUAUUCCACAAUUUUAAUGUAUUUAUGUUCAGAAAUGAAAUAUAGAUCAAAAUUAUCAAUAAAUCCACCAAAUUUAACAAAAUUAUCUGCAGAUAGUGAUGAAGAAGAUGAACAAAAUCAAGUUUCAAAUGUUGAUUUACAACAAGAUCAAUCACAUGGAUUAAAUAAUAAUGAUAUUCCAAUGGGUCAAGAACAACAACAAUCACAACAAUCAACUGAAAAUUUGAAUAAUCAACAAUUACCAAAUAUGUAUAAUUUUGGAUAUCCAUCAAAUUCUGAACAAGCUCCAUUACCAGAUGCUGUUGUUGAUUGGUUUUUGAAAAAUGAUGAAGCUAUUGGUUUAGAUUUUGUUGAACCUUGGACUGAAAUGAUUGAACAACAUUUAGAUAAAAAGAAAAAUUAA